AUGCUUGGCACGGCUAUCGCCAGAAAUAAGCCACUGGUGGCCGCCGGGCUGGACUCCAUCGCAACAACAGAGUUUGCUAGCACUCUCACAAAGCGAUUGAACACGGAAUUGCCGCAGACACUGCUCUUUGACUAUCCUACUAUCAAGGUUGUCUCAUCAAAUUUCAUGGCUGGCUUCAAUACUCAAGAGGUGGGUGAGAUAAUCUCGGCGUCGCUGGUUGACGUGCUUGGCACGCUUAUUGUUUGUAGUAGGCCAUUGAUGGCUGCUGGACUGGACUCCAUUGCUGCUACAGAGUUAGCAAGCAUGCUGAGAGCACGACUCAACACUGAACUUCCGCAGACGCUGCUGUUCGACUAUCCGACAAUUGAGUCAGUGGUAGGCUUUAUUUCCAAUGUGGUCGUUGAAGGACACAUGGUGACCUCUUUUGAGGUUGUUGCUCGAACGUCGACCGAGGCGAUUGUUUCUGAAGAGUCGAGUAUCGCAACGUCCAUGUCAAUGGCAUUCUCAUUUGCCCUCCCAGGCUUUCGAAGCACAGAUAUGGGAUUCGAGCGCCUUGUUGUGCUUGGUCUUGCGACGAGCUCGAGAGUGCCUAUGAUCGUAGUAUUGGAAACGAGCUAUUCUGCGCUCUGCGAGUCAAACUCCCGCCAGGAGCUCGCAAAUAUGCCAGUCGGAUUCUUUUUGGGCUUCGGGGGUGUGCUCUGGAGCGGGGGCGUGGAGAAGACGGAAGCUAGCAAGAAUGAAGCACCUACGGUGUACUCGGGGACUUCUGGGGCUCUCUCAGUAGCAUCUGGACGAGUUUCGUUCAUGCUCGGCUUGACGGGUCCCUGCAUGACACUCGACACGGCAUGCUCGUCUUCACUCGUGGCCGUACAUCUAGCGAUAUCAGCCAUUCGACUCCUGGAAUGCCCGAAAGCUGCGGCUGCAGGAGUUGGAAGGCUCACACCGAUGGUAUGCUCUCUGCCUUGGGUUGAUGCCACACAUUUGACCGCCGUGCCGAUGGGUACUGCCGCGGCAGGUGCCGCUAUUGGAGCAUUGUGUGUGAAUUCAAAGUUGGUACAAUGCGCAUCCCUGAAGUCGAACAUGGGCCACCUUGAGCCAUCUGCAGCUGCAGCGGGCUUGGUGUCUCUUCUCCUCGUGUCUCUUGAGGCAUGCAUGAUUUCAGUGAACGCGCAGCUAGACCGGUUGAAUGUCCAUCUCUCCUCGAUCACGCAAUCUUCGUCAUUUGAGAUGCCUGUCUGCCUAAUUCCACAAGCGACACAUGCGAGCGUGAGAUCUCAAUAUCGUGGAUACAGCACAGAGAUAUGUAAGAUUUUAUCAACUUCUGAGUCGAUUAUAAUUAUCAUUGGUGUCGCCACCGUUGCGACUUCACCUGUCGACGUCUCUAGAAUUCAUAAGUGCCAGCAAGAAGUUGAUCACGGAUCCUGA